AUGGAUCUCACUUUGUUCAGUGCGAUGGUGAAUGGAAUCACGAUGAAUCAGCAAGCAGAUUUAAAACAGGAAACCAGAGGAGUGAUUCGUCUGACAACUUCUUGCACUUAUUGGUUAAAGAAAGUCAUUUACUAUCAAGUAGCUAGCAUUUAUGUGUUAACAAGAGUCAUAAAUAACGUACCACAGCUUCGGACAUUUACUGUUGUCUUCGUGAUCAACGACGUACGGAUGAGCCAAUCUUCAAAAUCUUUGGUUCCUGUUAUCAUCUACUUAUUUAGCUUCAUCACGUCCAUCCUGCUCCAGAAGCUCAAAUGGAACAGCCGACGAUCACAGACUUUCUUUUCUGCAGGAGGCCUUCUAUGGCUAUUUUGUGGUGCUGGAGUACUCUCUCUACCAAUUAAUAUGAACGGCUUUAUGUACGUUUUGUCAUAUUCAUUGGCAUUUCAAACGCUUUUGAUGAUGGGGACUGCAGUAGGAAUGAAAAGUGAGCUAGUUGAUAAAGAUGUUGAUGGAUCUGCUUGUUAAUUUGUUUAUGGAUCAUUGGGCUUUAUGGAGAAAGUUUUAUCUGGCAUAGCACUGUAUCUCCUUCAAUCAUAUGAAAGUAAGCAUCCACACAAAAUAUUUGCCCUUCAACUUCCAAUCAAUUCACCUAGUAACUUUCUUUUAACAAAAAAUGUAUUUGCUCAAAAGAAUCGUGGAACAGCAAUUCCCUUUUGA